UGAUGCAGUCACUGCGGUUUGCUCUCCAACCAACUAUCACAGACCUUUCAGUCAAGUGGAAUUUGCCAAGGGGAGCAGCUGUAACAGUUCUUUCUCCACCCAUCACUGCAAUUUUCCAGGGUCAAAGGUCAAUCAUUUAUGGCCAGCUCACUGGAGAGAAUUUAGAGGCUGCAGAAGGUUGUGUUACGGUGAAGUACACUCUUGCAGGCCAUCUCACAGAGAAUAAACAACACUUCAGUCUCAAACCUGCAGAAGACACUGGGUUAACAGUCCACAGGUUGGGUGCUCGGACUUUGAUUCGCUCCCUGGAGAUGGAGGUGAAGAGUGAUGGACAACAAGCUGAAGGAGUGAAGGAGAAGGUGGUGGGGGUCAGUGUCCAAUCUGGAGUGAGCAGUGCCUUCACUGCCUUCAUCGCUGUCAACAAAGGAAAUGGCGAAACAGUUCAAGGGCCUCUGAUGCGCAGACAUGUUCCAGCACCCAGUAUGAUGGGUAUGGCAGGUCUGAGAAUGCAUGCUGCUUGCCCCCCCAUGGCAUUACGUUGUGGCCCUCCUUCUCAUUUGAUCUUACGAGGUGCUUGUGGCCCUCCUGCUCCUUUUAUGGCAAUGAAUGCUUGUGGCCCUCCUGCUCCUUUUAUGGCAAUGAAUGUAUGUUCUGUUCAAAGGAGAAAGAGGUCAGAAGUGGAGAGCCUGGAGGAGGAGGAGGUACCAAGAGAUCCAUUGCUGCAGUUGGUCUCUCUUCAGAAGGCAUCUGGUUCCUGGGUGAUGGAACCCGCUCUCGCUGCUGUCCUGGGAAAGACCAUUGAAGAGGUGGAAAAACAGAAGCCUGCACAGGUAACUCAGGAAGUGUGGGCCACCAUUCUUGCACUGAUCUGGCUUCAUGGGUUUAAGAUGGAUGCCCGCGUGGAGUGGGAGCUUCUCGUUAUGAAGGCUGUGUCUUGGCUCAGAGCCCAGAAAGCACCAUGUGGAGCAGAAUUUGUGGAAGCUGGAAAUGCUCUGUUGGGUUGCAAAGUGCAGAAAGAUAGCCUGGGGAUCUAAGAUUCUCUUCCAACCUGCCUUCUACUCCAGGAUUGAUUCACAGAAGG